AUGGCUAAAAUCUUGAAGUACGAUUCAAUACAUGGACGUUUCAACGGUGAAGUUUCAACUAAAGAUGGAAAAAUUGUUGUUAAUGGAACAGAAAUCAGCGUUUAUGCGAAGAAAGAUCCAUCACAAAUUCCAUGGGGACAACUCGGUGCUGAAUAUGUGGUUGAAUCUACCGGCAUAUUUACAACAAUUGACGAAUGUCAACCACAUUUACAUGCUGGUGCUAAGAAAGUUAUAAUUGCAGCAUCACCAGCUGAUGCUCCAAUGUUUGUUAUGGGAGUCAAUGAAGAUAAAUAUACAGGAAAAGAAACAGUUGUUUCAACUGUAUCUUGUGCAACAAAUUGUUUAGCACCAUUGAUUAAAGUUGUUCAUGAAAAAUUUGGCAUUAUUGAAGCUCUAUUGACAACUCUACAUUCAUAUACUGAUGCACAAAAAACUAUUGAUGGACCAUCGAAUAAAAGUUGGUGUGAUGGACAUGGAGCUGCCCAAGAUAUAAUUCCAUCAUCAACUGAUGCUGCUGACGCUAUCGGAAAAAUAAUGCCUGAUUUAAAUGGAAAAUUAACAGAUAUUGUUUUCCGUGUUCCGCCACUUAAUGUCUCAAUGAUUCAUCUUACUGCUCGAUUGAGCAAGGGCGCUACAUACAAAGAAAUCUGUGCUGCAGUUAAAGAAGCUGCCGAUCGUCCUUUAAAAGGUAUUUUGGCUUAUACUGAUGACGAAGUUGUUUCGACAGAAUUCAUUGGUGGCACAAAUUCUUCAAUUUUUGAUGCUCAAGCCGGUAUUUCGCUCAAUGACAACUGUGUGAAACUUGUUUCACGGUAUGCCAAUAAAUAUGGUUGUUCAAAUCGUGUCAUUGAUCUUAUCAAAUACAUGGCUAAGAAGGAUCAUGAACAACAGACUUGA